AAUGAAGGGUUUGGAGGGAUCUUAUAUUUUUGAAGACUGGAAAAACACAUGUGGGUUCUCUCAGUCACGAAAAUUCCCGGGGCACUUAGAAUGGAUUGAAAACGCUCGCGUCCUCUCACCACCAUUUCCCCGGCUGGGCUCCUGCGGGCCCCUGCGGCCCCCGGGAGAAGUUGGGGCGGGGUUUUUCUCCUGCCGCAGUUACCGGAAGUGACGCAUCCUCUCGCGAGAAGAGAGACCCGCGAGCCUCGGCAGCCCGGAACCGGCCUCGGAACAGUGGCGGGACCUGAGGACUCUAGCCCUCCCGCCCCAUGGAGCGGCCCCCGGGGCUGCGGCCGGGCGCGGGCGGGCCCUGGGAGAUGCGGGAGCGGCUGGGCACCGGCGGCUUCGGGAAUGUUUCCCUGUACCAACAUCGGGAACUUGAUCUCAAAAUAGCAAUUAAGUCUUGUCGCUUGGAGCUAAGCACCAAAAACAGAGAACGGUGGUGCCAUGAAAUCCAGAUCAUGAAGAAGUUGAACCACGCCAAUGUUGUAAAGGCCUGUGAUGUUCCUGAGGAAUUGAAUUUUUUGAUUAAUGAUGUGCCUCUUCUAGCAAUGGAAUAUUGUUCUGGAGGAGAUCUCCGGAAGCUACUCAACAAACCAGAAAAUUGCUGUGGACUUAAAGAAAGCCAGAUACUUUCUUUACUGAGUGAUAUAGGAUCUGGGAUACGAUAUUUGCAUGAAAACAAAAUUAUACAUCGUGAUCUAAAACCUGAAAACAUAGUUCUUCAGGAUGUUGGUGGAAAGAUUAUGCAUAAAAUAAUUGAUUUAGGAUAUGCCAAAGAUGUUGAUCAAGGAAGUCUGUGUACAUCUUUUGUGGGAACAUUGCAAUAUCUGGCCCCAGAGCUCUUUGAGAAUAAGCCUUACACAGCCACUGUUGAUUAUUGGAGCUUUGGGACCAUGGUGUUUGAGUGUAUUGCUGGGUAUAGGCCUUUUUUGCAUCAUCUGCAGCCAUUUACCUGGCAUGAGAAGAUUAAGAAGAAGGAUCCAAAGUGUAUAUUUGCAUGCGAAGAGAUGACAGGAGAAGUUCGGUUUAGUAGCCAUUUACCUCAACCAAAUAGCCUUUGUAGUUUAAUAGUAGAACCCAUGGAAAACUGGCUACAGUUGAUGCUAAACUGGGAUCCUCAGCAGAGAGGAGGACCUAUUGAUCUUACUUUGAAGCAGCCAAGAUGUUUUGUAUUAAUGGAUCACAUUCUGAAUUUGAAGAUAGUACACAUCCUAAAUAUGACUUCUGCAAAGAUCAUUUCUUUUCUGUUACCACCUGAUGAAAGUCUUCAUUCACUACAGUCUCGUAUUGAGCGUGAAACUGGAAUAAAUACUUGUUCUCAAGAGCUUCUUUCAGAGACGGGAAUUUCUUUGGAUCCUCGGAAACCAGCCUCUCAGUGUGUUUUGGAUGGAGUUAGGGGCUGUGAUAGCUAUAUGGUUUAUUUGUUUGAUAAAAGUAAGACUGUAUAUGAAGGACCAUUUGCUUCCAGAAGUUUAUCUGACUGUGUAAAUUAUAUUGUACAGGACAGCAAAAUACAGCUUCCAAUUAUACAGCUGCGUAAAGUAUGGGCCGAAGCAGUGCACUAUGUGUCUGGGCUAAAAGAAGACUACAGCAGGCUCUUUCAGGGACAGAGAGCAGCAAUGUUAAGUCUUCUUAGAUAUAAUGCUAACUUGACAAAAAUGAAGAACACUUUAAUCUCAGCAUCUCAGCAACUGAAAGCUAAAUUGGAGUUUUUUCACAAAAGCAUUCAGCUUGACUUGGAAAGAUACAGUGAGCAGAUGACUUAUGGGAUAUCCUCAGAAAAAAUGUUAAAAGCAUGGAAAGAAAUGGAAGAAAAGGCUAUCCACUAUGCUGAGGUGGGUGUCAUUGGAUACCUGGAGGAUCAGAUCAUGUCCCUGCACACUGAAAUCAUGGAGCUACAGAAGAGCCCCUAUGGACGACGUCAGGGAGACUUGAUGGAAUCUCUGGAACAGCGUGCCAUUGAUCUAUAUAAGCAGUUAAAGCACAGACCUUCAGAUCACUCCUACAGCGACAGCACGGAGAUGGUGAAAAUCAUUGUGCAUACUGUGCAGAGUCAGGAUCGGGUUCUCAAGGAGCUGUUCGGUCAUUUGAGCAAGUUGUUGGGCUGUAAGCAGAAGAUUAUUGAUCUACUGCCCAAGGUGGAAAUGGCCCUCAGUAACAUCAAAGAAGCUGACAAUACUGUCAUGUUUAUGCAGGGAAAGAGGCAGAAAGAAAUAUGGCAUCUCCUUAAAAUUGCCUGUACACAGAGCUCUGCUCGGUCCCUUGUAGGAUCCAGUCUAGAAGGUGUAACCCCUCAGGCAUCAGCAUGGCUGCCCACAACUUCAGCAGAACGUGAACAUCCUCUGUCAUGCGUGGUAACUCCUCAAGAUGGGGAGACUUUAGCACAAAUAAUAGAAGAAAAUUUGAACUGUCUUGGCCAUUUAAGCACUAUUAUGCAUGAAGCAAAUGAGAAACAGGGCAACAGUAUGAUGAAUCUUGAUUGGAGUUGGUUAACAGAAUGACUUGCCACUUACUGACCCAAACGUAUGAAGUUGUUGCUGCAAAUGUUGGAAAUUUGUUUUUCUCUUAUGAAACCAUUCUUCAGACACCCAUCAAUGGAAGAAAUGACUAUGAUCAGAAACUACACAUGAUUUCACAGUGCAAUAUUUUGACUGGGUAAUUUUAACCUCUGAACAGAUAGAAUUUAAUGACUCAGUGGACUUGUUUAAAUACUACAGCUACUUAGGAGCAUCGUUGGAAUCCAUUUGUCUUCAAACUUGAUAAAACAUUACUUAUUUAACUUGACUAUCUUUCAACAUUUCACUUUUGGGCAUAAGGCCAAAGUAAUGUAUACAGAGAAGAAAAUCUCAACUAACAUGUAUUCUAAGUAAAAAUUGUUUGCCUGUGUUUCUGUGGAAGAGACUGUUUGCAAGUAGAAUUGUACUUCUUGAAGAAUAAACCCUACCUCCUUGUGUUGCACUCAACAGUGCUUUUCCCGGCAUCAUAAGGAGUUAGUUUAAUCCCAUUUUCAAUUUCAAUCCCAAAUGCACAUUUGACUGUAUCCCUUUCCUACAGAAGGGAUUGUGCAUCUGUGCCUUUAAUACCAGUUGAUUCUUUCAAAUCUUGUUAAGUGUGCUAUGUGUAUAUGUAUUUAAGAUGUACAUUUAAUAAUAUCAGAGAAAAGAUGCCUGUUAAUUUAUAAUGUAUUUGAAAGCUUAUCUAUGUUUUCAUUUGUAUAAAUGGGUCUUUUGUUUAAGGAAUCUUUCAUGUCUUGUCAUAUAAAUUUAUAAAGGUCUGUACUCCCGAUCUGUAAUUCCAAAAUGCAAAAAGCUCUGAUAACAAGGUUUUUCAUAAGUUUGGUGACAGAAUUCACCUGCUUGCACAUCCAACGUGAACUGACAUUGAAUCUAUCCCAUUUAGUGUGAAUAUUCUUUUUUUUUUUUUUUUUUUUGCUGUAGAAAUAUUAACGUGUUUGCUUGUUUGGGGGUAGGGUGCUGCCACAGACCCUGCCUGGGGUUUAUGUAGUAUGGCAUAUGCACUGAAUUACCUUUCUAAAAAUCUGAAAAUUUCAUAAUUCUGAAACACCUGGCCCCAAGGGUUUCAGAUAAAGGAUUGUGGGUCUAUCAUCUGUUAAAUAAUUUAGAAGGUGUUACUUGUUUAAAGAAAAAUGUGAAAUUCUUUUGUAUUUUAGACAGUUUUUCACUUUGUGUAUUAAAUAAUUUUUAAAUUA